ACGCUUUGCAUUUCCCACGUUCAGUCCAGCAGCCCAGUAAGCCUCCACGGAGCUUCUCUACUCCUUGCAGUUUCCAGAUGCAGGCACGGAAACUAAGAGUACCAGUUCAAUUUGAGAAUAAAGAUCACGGAUUACACUUUUCUGCGUGGAAGUGGAAGUUGGGCUUCACAUUAUCAUGAAAGGGCAACUUCUUAAGUUUUCCUGCCUCAUGCCAGAACACUAAAUUGAUUGCUUUUUUUUUGUUCAAGUGCUGGUAUUGUUAUUUAUCUUUAUUUCUAAGUUUGGACACUUGGACUGAUGAGACGUUUUCACAUCUUGGAAUAAUGAGUGACUCCUCCUGGAUUCAUUUUCAUGUGGGGAUUUAACAAUUGUUUUUAGAAAAGACUGUAUAUUGUACAUUUUUCAGAAGCAAUGGAAUUUUCUUUGCGAAUUCACCUUCUUACAGCUUUUGUUUCAUGUAUUAAGGUUUAUGCUCAAGUGGUACAGCCUGUGAAGCAUCCAGGCCUGCAGGUGUUGGCCACGGCUUCACAUUACUGGCCUCUCGACGCAGUGGACGGAAUCUAUGAGCUGUGGGACCAGAUUGGAAACAGACCAGGUUAUGUUAACGGAAGCAACAUAACUCUCAGAAUCCACAACCACACUGUGCUCCCUUCCUCCCAUAACUCUUCCUAUGUGUAUACCAAUGACUCUGCCUACACUAACAUUUCUGCAACAGUAGACAUUGUUGAAGGAAUGGUUAACAAGGGCAUCUUUCUGAAUGGAGAUAAUGGCGGUACCUUUCUCCACUUUGGAAACUACCAGAACUCUUGCAUUAGUGACCCAACUCUGUGUGGGCCUGAGGGGAUUACCUUCUCCUUUUUUUGGAAAAACCAUGAGGCAGAGUCUCGUUUUGCUGUGGCCUCUGGAGGGAAAGUUAUCUCCAAUGGCUUCUCUGUCUACACCAAUCCCUUUGGAGGAUAUGUGGAGUUUUACACUCGAGGAAACAACCACAGAUGGAGGGCCAACAUCAGAGUUCCAGGGCCUUACUGGACCCACAUUCUCUUCACAUGGACUAAAAAGGAUGGUCUGAAGGUCUAUAUUAAUGGGACCUACACCACUGGUGACGCAGUUGGCAAUGUCUCAGAGAACUAUGGUGACCCCUACCCUGACCUUGUCAUUGGAACUGGCAACGACAGGGCGUACGGUCACUAUGUGACAGGUGCUUUUGAUGAGUUUGUGAUUUGGGAAAGGGCCCUUCCACCUAACGAGAUUCUGCUCUACUACAAUGCAGCCAUAGGUCAAGCCAUGGUCUCUGCCACAACGCCCAGAUUCUCAAAAGAAGUCACUUCAGCAGCACCAACAGUCAGAGCCACUGAAGUGAGUCCUCCUGUCGUCAGCAGUAAGCAUGAUGAAGUCCAAAGCUCCCAGGACCCGGACACCAUGCCAGUGUUGGGCUUCCUGAAGGCACUGCCCAAUAGGACCAUUGCUUACAACACUGCCAACAACCUCACACAGGCUUUUCUCAAAAGUGUGGAAGAAGUGCUGUCCUCUCCAGGGUUGCAAGAGCAGUCCACCCCUGUGGUCAGCGGUCUGAUCGAGACCGUGGACAGAGUGAUGGAACACAUGGUGACUAACCUGGAGCCAAGCCCAAACUCUCUCAUCUCCCUCGGUGGAACGUCUUUUGUUGCAGAUUACUCUCUGAUGAAACUCCCUCAGAACUACAACCUACCGCAUUAUCGCUUCCCUACACAAGGCAAGAACUACAUCUCUGUGCCUGGGGAGGCUUUCACAAUGCAGUCUCAAACCACCAUUGUUGGCCUCUUCUACCACAACAUGCACAACUACUACAAAGAGAUCAACCCUGUUAAGACCAGGAUUAAUGAAGCAACUGAUUUCAAGGAUCACAAGAUCCAGGUAGCAAGCUGUCUAAUCUCUCUGAAAGUGGAGCCUUCACCAGCCUUGUCAAUCAACCUCUCUGGAGCACCACUCAUCAAGAUUGUCCUCACCCAUGUCCUGACUAAAGAACAGCAAGACCAAAUCCUAAAUCAAAGCAAUAAAGUCUUCCUCUACUGUGCCUUCUUGGACUACAGUUCAAAUGAGGGAGUAUGGUCCAACGAAGGUUGUGUGCGCUCAGAUGGGAACAUGACGUACUCUGUAUGCCUGUGCAACCACCUCACCAACUUUGCCAUCCUUAUGCAAGUGGUGCCCUUAAAGCUAACUGCUGGCCACCAGGUGGCACUAUCAACCAUUGGUUAUGUUGGCUGUUCAAUUUCCAUCUUCUGCCUUGCCAUCACUCUUGUUACCUUUGCAGUCCUGUCGUCAGUGAGUACCAUCCGUAACCAACGCUACCACAUACACGCCAACCUGUCCUUUGCCAUCCUGGUGGCUGAGAUCUUGCUGCUCAUCAGCGCUCGCUUUGACCCAGGCACGCUGCCUUGUAAGGUAAUGGCUGUCCUGCUACACUUCUUCUUUCUGAGUGCCUUUGCCUGGAUGCUGGUAGAGGGCCUCCACCUCUACAGUAUGGUGGUCAAGGUGUUUGGCUCUGAGGGAAGCAAACACUUCUACUACUAUGGCAUUGGCUGGGGCUCUCCACUGGUCAUAUGUAUAGUGUCCAUGACAUCAGCUCUGGACAGUUAUGGCGAGGUUGACAACUGUUGGCUGUCAUUGAAGAAUGGAGCCAUCUGGGCGUUUGUGGCACCUGCUCUGUUUGUCAUUGUGGUGAACAUAGGCAUUCUGAUAUCUGUGACCAGGAUCAUAUCUCGAAUCAGUGGAGAGAAUUACAAGGUUCAUGGAGAUGCCAAUGCAGUCAAGCUGACUGUAAAGGCAGUAGCUGUGCUCCUGCCUAUACUCGGCAUUUCCUGGAUCUUUGGUGUUCUUGCUGUCAACACACAAUCCUUGGCAUUCCUAUAUAUCUUUGCUGUCUUCAACUCAUUACAAGGGUUCUUUGUUUUCUUAUUUCACUGUCUUCUCAACUCUGAGGUCAGAGCUGCUUUCAAACACAAAACCAAGGUGUGGUCUCUCACCAGCAGCUCCAUCCGAAACAUCAAUGUGAAGCCCUUCAACUCUGACAUUAUGAAUGGAAACAAGGAGGGAGUGACUCCCACCAAGAUGAACACAUGGGACAAAAGCACCAACUCAGCCAAUCGUAUCGACCUCUCUGCCGUAUAGAACCACAGACGGCCAUUUCUGUGUGUGGCAGGACAGCAAUCUCAAGCUCGCUAGUGUACAGUGACAAACACUGUCAGACACACAGAGUAUUCUCCCUCUAUGUUAUGUAAUGAAUUGGAUAUUCAUCCACUCCAGAGAAAGUGGUCCCAAAUGAGGUGUUGUGUAGCUGAAUAAUGGCUUCACAUUUAAAGACAAACAGACUCUAAGGACUGUGCCCAAUCCUUGCUUCAUAAAAACAUAUUAUGUUUCCAAAAUCAAGAGCAGGGAUUUUUUGAGGAGAAGGUCAGUGAAGUGACAUAAAGUCUUAAGAUCCAUGAGUGUAGUUCAGGGUCUGGCAAUGACACUCUGUGUAGUGGAGAGUAUUGAUUUUCCUGUUGCCUGGUCCAUCUUUAUCUUGCAGUUGAUUUACUAGUUGGCCAGAGUUUAUUUAAGGGAGUAGUUCAAUUGGGAAAUUCACUUAUUCGCUCUCUUGCAAAGAGUUACAUGUGAAGAUUGAUACCACUUGUCAUAUAUGGAGGGUAAAUAUGAAACUACUGCCAUCAGCUGGUUCAUUAAAGGAGCUAUUUCUAAGUUUUGCUAUCAUUACAUAGCUGACAUUAACAACUGUUACUAAUGUACUAACUAGUCCAGGAGAAACUUUGCGACUUUAGCAUCAAACUUCAUUCCUUUACUUUCCAAGAGCUGUCUCCAGCAGUGGAAAGCAACACCAGUGUUGUGCUUCUAGCUCCACCACUUCUUUUCUUACACUGAAGUUAACAUGCUAACCAGCUAGCCUUGGCCCAACUGGCCCAUUUCAUCACUUUCCAAUUCCAACUCACUGUAGUGUCCAGUCUACCCUGAAGAGGUAACACUGCUCAGCGGGCAUAUUAUAAACUCUUGUAUUGUAAAUGCAACAAUGGAUGAAGCCACAUUCAGCAGAAGAGAAAAUUUACAAGCUUAAGCUUUGGAAAUAGCUAGUAUGGCACUGUCCAUAGGCAACAAAUUCUGCCUACCAACCGUCUUAAGCUCAGUAAUUAACAUGUAAUAUCGCCUUUAAUCAAUCUGUACAAAAUACAAAGUGUAAAAAUAACAUUUUGGUUGUUGGUGGCUUUACAGUUAUGUGCCAGACUAGCUUCACCGUUUCCAGGAUUUGUUUACAAGGCUAAGCUAACAUCAGCAGUAGUGUCAUAUUUAGCACAAAGACAUGAGAAUUUGUGUUUUCAUCUAACUCUCGGCAGGAAAGCUAAUAAGCUUAUUUUCUAAAGCGUCAAACUUAUCCCUUAAAUCACAGUGAUACCAUAUGACACGCAAUUUGUCUAACACAGUAAAGUAGUGCAAUUACUUGCAGAAAAUGUAACAAUUUGAGAUAAAAAUAAGUAUUUUCAGGGUAUGGUUGGGUACAACUGCAUAACCUUGGAUAGAAAAAGAACAAGGGAAGAAGCAUUCCUUAAAUAUAGUGUUAGAUAUUUUUCUUAAAAACAAUGACAUAAUGGCUUCACCAGCUGUUAACAGUAUUAAUCAUCACAAAGGGCAAAUUUCAAAUUUUACCUGAAUGAAUUUCUUCAAGAUUCACCUGAUUCAUACAGCUUUACUCUAGUUUUGGGGAAAGUGCAACCCAAUAACUGCAUAAUAACAAUGGAUGAAGUAGCAGUGAAUUAGACCAUAUGCAAUUCUGAUGUAACGUAUUUAUUUAUUUUGUGAUUCGGAGUUCUUUAUCAUGUCUCACAGCUCAAGUGUCAAGUGUCACAGCUCAACAAUCAGUAUGUUCUCAUGUUAAAUUCUGUGUUUAAGUGUUUUCUCUCCUGAAAUGAACUGACUGGUAUAUUUGCAGUACCUCACAUCUUAGUAAGCUGCGGUGUGUUAUGCUUUUCAAGGAAUGGUGAAUACUGGUUGUGUUUUGGACACAAUUCUGUGAAGUUUCAUGGUGUCUUUAUCUAUUUCUGUUCCAAAUUUCUUUUACGUUUUCAUACAUUUUUGUACAACAUAUGAAAUGAAAUACAUUCUACAACAGAGGGACUUGAUAGGGUUGUUGCUUUUUUUUUUCUUAACAUACUGUGAGAAUGGAGGGAGAUGGCACGUUUUAAAAUGUCAUUGAUCUUACACUGUAGCAACAUUAAGUUUCCAAAAACAGGAUUUACUGUAAGUCACUCUGUGCUCACUUUUCAUGUCAGAUUUAAAGUUAAAUAAUUCAGUAUUUCUAAGCUUGUAUAUGGCCUUCAAUGAUUGUUGUCUAAUGGUACUAUGGUUUGUGCUUCCAAUUAUCUUUAUUAAAAAAUGUUUAUGACAAGAAA